AUGAGUGCCGUGCGAACCAUCUUACACAUCAACUCGAGCGCCCGGAUGAGCGGAAGCGCGUCGCGCGCGCUGAGCCAGGCGCUCGUCGAUCGCAUCAAGUCGCACGUGGGAGAACGCGUCGUCAUCAAGACUCGCGACGUGGGGGCGACGCAGCCGCCGUCGUUCGUGAAUGAGCAGUGGAUAGGGGCAUCAUUCACGCCGGAGGAAAACCGAACGGAUGCCCAGAGGGAGACGCUCAGAGAGAGCGACGGGUUGAUCGAGGAGUUGCGCUCGAGCGACGUCGUCGUCGUCGGCGCCGCAAUGUACAACUUCGGCGUGCCAGCCGCCCUCAAGGCGUACUUUGACCAAGUCGCCCGCGCAGGCGUCACGUUCAAGUACAACGACCAAGGCGUUCCUGAGGGUCUGCUCAAGGGGAAGAAGGCGUUCAUCGUUGUCACGAGCGGUGGCGUUCCCAUGAACGCGUCCGGGAUGGAUUUCAUGACCCCGCACGUGGUCACGUUCCUCGGUUUGCUCGGCAUCACGGAUGUGAGCGUCAUCGAUGCCAGCAGUCAGAUGAAGCGCGACGACGCCAACGACGUCGCCAAGGCGGCCAUCGACGCCAUCGAUCUCGAUGCCGUGCUCGCGUGA